CGUCAUUACAAUCCAAUGGCCACUCUCUCAAUAGGCAUCGCACCGGCCACCACCUCUACAACUAGCACCAUCCGUAAGAUCCAAAGACCUUCCUUUUCCAGGCUCAGAAUCUCCUGCAUUGGAUGGGACCCAGAAGGCAUUUUGGGGCCGGCCCAGACGGGCCAUAUUGCAAGAUUAGAGUUUAAAAGACGACUUGAGAAGGAUGUUGAGGCACGAGAAGCCUUUGAGCAACAUGUUCGUGAAGAAACCAAGCGUCGUAGAGCUCUUCGCCAAUCUCGGGUUAUACCGGAUACUUCAGCGGAGUUGAUAGAGUAUUUUCUUGACACUGAAGCUCAAGAGAUUGAGUAUGAAAUAGCGAGGCUGAGGCCACGAUUGAACCAGGAGUUUUUCUCACACCUGCAAUUUGAAAUAGGUCAACUUCGCUUUGCUGUUUCAAAAACUGAGGAUAUUGAAGACAGAUUGAUUGAGCUGGAAACAUUACAGAAGGCUCUACAAGAAGGAACAGAAGCCUAUGACAAAAUGCAGUCUGACCUUAUAACAGCCAAAAAAAGUCUAUCUAAAAUCUUGACUUCAAAGGAUGUGAAAGCAACUUUACUGGAAAUGGUUGAACAUAAUGAAAUCAAUAGAUCCUUAUUGACACUUCUAGAUGAAAACAUAGCAAAUGCACAAAAGGGUGACCAGAAACAAGUGGCAGUGUUCAUGGAAAAGGUCCGUGCAGCUGUUCUCAAGUACAUGACAGUUUAGUAAUUCUACUGUCAUUCCUUAUAUUGAAUUCUUUAUAAGUCUGGGAUUUGAGCAAUAACUCCAUUCCUAACUACAUUAGCUAGAUUAAGAAAAACAGGAGCAAAGCAAGAUGGAGUCUUGCAUAAAUAUAUGGUAGCAAAAAACAAACAAACUAUAUAUAGAUGCAAUGACAUUGUUUUGUACCGUAAGAGAGACUUAACGCACAGAUAUUAGAACAAUUUGUUAUAGAAUCAUAUAUAUGCCAUGACAUCUAAGUGAUAUAGUUUAAAAGAAUGGAAUAGACUACAUUAAAAAGAC